UCCGCGCUGCUCCCGCGGCUUUCCCUUCUUUCUUCCCGCUCAGGCCGCGACUCCGCGGGUUCCGCGGCGGGGGCGGGCCUGGGGGCGGGGCGGUGAGUUCGGCCUGGGGUUGGGCGCCCGCGGCUGGCGGGCUUCCUCCUCCUGCCCCCGAGCGGGUGGACGGCCCGCCCCCGGGCCGCCUCGCGACCGCCCGAAGACAGAAGAGGCUUGGCAGGGGCCUCUUCGCCCCAACCCCGGAACCUGCUCCCCGCUUCUGCGAGGCCCCUCAGGACCCGCGACCGCCCGGGGCCCUGCGGGGCCUGGUCCAGGCGGGGCCGCCUAGGCGCCAGCCCCCUUCUUCGCCCCCGCGCCUCCCAGUCGUGCGAGACUCUGGUUGGGUCGCUUUCCAAUCGCCUUUUGCUUCUAUCAUUUAAAAAAAAAUUCUCCUCAUCCCCUCGCCGGGUCCUGUGCGCGUCCGGACACCAGGCCCGCUCGGCGGCCGCAGCCCAGGCGUCCCACCUCUGCGCAGCAGGUCGGGCGCCGCCGCCGCCGGGGCAUCAGGGAGAUGCGGAGCAGGAGCAAUUCCGGGGUCCGUUUGGACGGGUACGCACGGCUGGUGCAGCAAACCAUCCUGUGUUACCAGAAUCCCGUCACGGGGCUGCUGUCAGCCAGCCAUGAGCAGAAGGACGCCUGGGUGCGAGACAACAUCUACAGCAUCCUGGCCGUGUGGGGCCUGGGAAUGGCCUACCGCAAGAAUGCCGACCGUGAUGAGGACAAGGCCAAGGCCUAUGAGCUGGAGCAGAACGUGGUGAAGCUGAUGCGGGGCCUCCUCCAGUGCAUGAUGAGACAGGUGGAUAAGGUGGAGAAGUUCAAGCACACGCAGAGCACCAAGGACAGCCUGCAUGCCAAGUACAACACAGCCACCUGCAGCACCGUGGUAGGUGACGACCAGUGGGGCCACCUCCAGGUGGAUGCUACCUCCCUCUUCCUCCUGUUCCUGGCCCAGAUGACGGCCUCAGGCUUACGUAUUAUUUUCACCCUUGACGAGGUGGCCUUCGUACAGAAUCUUGUUUUUUACAUAGAAGCUGCAUAUAAAGUCGCGGAUUAUGGAAUGUGGGAACGUGGAGAUAAGACCAACCAGGGCAUACCAGAAUUGAACGCAAGCUCUGUAGGAAUGGCCAAGGCAGCACUUGAGGCAAUCGAUGAACUGGACCUCUUUGGAGCCCACGGAGGCCGCAAGUCAGUGAUCCAUGUCCUGCCCGAUGAGGUCGAGCACUGCCAGUCUAUUCUAUUCUCCAUGCUGCCAAGGGCAUCGACGUCUAAAGAGAUUGACGCUGGACUUCUUUCCAUUAUUUCUUUCCCGGCUUUUGCGGUGGAAGAUGUGAACCUUGUGAAUGUGACCAAAAAUGAAAUCAUUUCUAAACUCCAGGGACGUUAUGGAUGCUGUCGCUUCCUUCGAGAUGGUUAUAAAACCCCAAGAGAGGAUCCAAACCGCUUGCAUUAUGACCCUGCUGAACUCAAGCUCUUUGAAAACAUUGAAUGUGAGUGGCCCGUGUUCUGGACAUACUUCAUAAUAGAUGGAGUCUUCAACGGUGACACUGUUCAGGUCCAAGAGUACCGAGAGGCCCUGGAAGGAAUAUUACUCCGAGGCAAGAAUGGGAUCCACCUGGUGCCAGAACUGUAUGCCAUCCCGCCUAACAAGGUCGAUGAAGAGUAUAAGAACCCUCACACGGUAGACAGAAUUCCUCUGGGGAAGCUGCCCCAUCUGUGGGGUCAAUCCUUGUACAUCCUUAGCUCACUGUUGGCAGAGGGCUUCCUUGCCACUGGAGAAAUUGAUCCCUUAAAUAGACGAUUUUCCACUUCAGUCAAACCUGAUGUUGUAGUACAAGUUGCUGUUUUGGCAGAAAACAAACACAUUAAGGAGUUGUUGAGGAAACACGGGAUACACAUUCAGAGUAUCGCUGACAUCCAUCCAAUUCGAGUCCAGCCAGGGCGGAUUCUUAGUCACAUCUAUGCCAAGCUUGGACGGAAUAAGAACAUGAAGUUGAGUGGGCGACCAUAUCGGCACAUUGGCGUCCUUGGAACAUCUAAACUAUAUGUGAUUAGGAACCAAAUCUUUACUUUUACACCCCAGUUCACUGACCAGCAUCACUUCUAUCUGGCCCUGGACAACGAGAUGAUCGUGGAGAUGCUGAGGAUCGAGCUGGCCUACCUGUGCACCUGCUGGCGGAUGACAGGCCGACCCACGCUCACCUUCCCCAUCACCCACACCAUGCUCACAAAUGAUGGCUCAGACAUUCAUUCUGCAGUUCUUUCGACAAUUAGAAAACUAGAGGAUGGAUAUUUUGGAGGAGCCAGAGUCAAAUUAGGGAACCUCUCGGAAUUUCUCACCACUUCAUUCUACACCUAUCUGACCUUCCUUGAUCCAGACUGCGAUGAGAAGUUGUUUGAGGAUUCCAGCGAAGGAAGCUUCAGUCCUGAUAGUGACUCUGAUUUGGGAGGGUAUUUAGAAGACAGCUUUAAUCAAGAAAGCCAAGAUGAACUGGACCAGUAUAUCAACCACCUGCUGCAGAGUACAUCUUUGAAGUGCUAUCUGCCCCCUCUUUGUAAGAAGACAGAAGACCGCCAUGUUUUCAGUGCCAUCCACUCCACCUGGGAUAUACUUUCCGUGAUGGCAAAAGCAAAGGGUUUGGAAAUUCCAUUUGUUCCCAUGACUUUGCCAACUAAAGUUCUAAGUGCCCAUCGUAAAUCACUGAAUCUCGUUGAUUCUCCCCAGCCACUACUAAAAAAGACUCCUGAAGGUGACUUCCAGUGGCCCAGGGACGACCAUGGUGACGUGGACUGCGAGAAGCUGGUUGAGCAGCUGAAAGAUUGUUCCAACCUACAGGACCAGGCAGACAUUCUGUACAUCCUUUAUGUCAUAAAGGGCCCUAGCUGGGACACCAGUCUCUCCGGACAGCACGGAGUCACCGUUCACAGCCUCCUCAGCGAGCUCUAUGGGAAGGCCGGCUUGAACCAGGAGUGGGGCUUGAUUCGCUACAUCUCAGGCCUGCUCAGGAAGAAAGUGGAGGUCCUGGCAGAGGCCUGUACGGACCUACUGUCGCACCAGAAGCAGCUGACGGUGGGCCUGCCCCCCGAGCCCCAGGAAAAGACCAUCUCCGCGCCCCUACCCCCGGAGGAGCUCACAAAACUCAUCUAUGAAGCCAGUGGGCAGGACAUCAGUAUCGCCGUCCUUACCCAGGAAAUUGUGGUCUACCUGGCCAUGUAUGUCAGGGCCCAGCCCCGCCUCUUCGUGGAGAUGCUCCGGCUGCGGAUCGGACUGAUCAUUCAGGUCAUGGCCACGGAACUGGCGCGGAGCCUGAACUGCUCAGGAGAAGAAGCUUCUGAAAGUUUGAUGAACCUCAGCCCUUUUGAUAUGAAAAAUCUCCUGCACCAUAUUUUAAGUGGAAAAGAGUUUGGCGUUGAAAGAAGCAUGCAGCCUCUCCAUUCCUCCACGCCCAGCCCUGCCAUCUCCAUCCACGAGGUGGGACAUACCGGAGUCACCAAAACAGAGAGGAGUGGCAUUAGCAGACUGAGGAGCGAGAUGAAACAGAUGACUAGGCGAUUUAGUGCUGAUGAACAGUUCUUUUCUGUGGGCCAGGCCGUGUCCAGCAGCGCACAUUCCUCCAAGUCUGUGAGGUCCAGCACCCCAUCCUCACCCACUGGCACGUCGUCGUCAGACUCCGGAGGGCACCAUCUUGGCUGGGGGGAGCAGCAGGGCCAGUGGCUGCGCAGGAGAAGGCUGGACGGGGCCAUUAACAGGGUCCCCGUGGGAUUCUACCAGAAGGUGUGGAAGAUCCUCCAGAAGUGCCACGGUCUGUCCAUUGAUGGCUACGUCCUCCCGUCCUCAACAACGCGAGAGAUGACCCCGCAGGAGAUCAAGUUCGCUGUCCACGUGGAGUCGGUGCUGAACCGUGUGCCACAGCCCGAGUACCGGCAGCUGCUGGUGGAGGCCAUCAUGGUGCUGACGCUGCUGUCGGACACGGAGAUGAGCAGCAUCGGGGGCAUCAUCCACGUGGACCAGAUCGUGCAGGUGGCCAACCAGCUCUUCCUGCAGGACCAGAUGUCAUUCGGAGCCAUGGACACCCUGGAGAAAGACCAAGCCACAGGAAUUUGCCACAUUUUUUACGACAGUGCUCCGAGUGGGGCUUACGGGACGAUGACCUACCUAACAAAAGCAGUAGCUUCUCAUCUGCAGGAAUUGCUGCCCAAUUCAGGCUGCCAGAUGCAGUAGGGCCGCAGCUGUCUGUGGGGCCAUGCUCCCACUCUGGCAUGGCCCCCGAGCCCCAUUGGGAAUUUUCUCCUGUUCCCCAAGAUCCCCUGUGCUGUCAUAAAAGCAUGUCCCAUCGGAAACACUGGCAGGGAAGUGAUGGCCGCACCGACCUGGAACUAGUGUAUGUUCGAGCCACAGAUAGAGCUGCUGAGUCCCAUGCUCCCCCAGGGGCACUGUGGGAUCAUUUUCUAGGCUCAUUUUGCUGGAGCGUUUGUCACAGCAUCUGGUCUCGUGGACUCUGAGGAGGAAUUGGUCUCUUUUGAGUGCAGAAUGAACUGAGAAGCCAGCUUAAAUUGGCUCUCACAGAGAGUUCCAGAAAUAGGUUCGAUAAGCUAGUGACACAUCUUGAAGAUGGGAAGAUCUUUCUAACAGCAGUAGCCAGACAAGCAGACCUUGACAAGGGGAACAUCUUAGCAGGAUGCCGUCUGUCUGUGGACCAAACUGUUUACCAAAUAGGACAAUUCUAUCUUUCUGUCAAAUGUU